AUGGUGAACUUGCGCGGGCGCCUUUCAGCGUCGAAGGACGUUGAGGAACAACGACGAAGCGCUGAUCGACCAGGAGGCUCUGCUUCGCCACCGCCACCACCGACGAGGAACGACGAUGCGUUGAUCGACGGGCGGAUUGUGGACAAACUUAUCGGCAGACGUUCUCACGAAGGCUCUCUGCAAUACCUAGUGUGCUGGUACGGCGUUCCGGAAGAGGAUACCACAUGGGUGAACGCUGAAAAAUUGGUGCGUAUAUUUAUUUCUGUUGUUUAA